AUGUCAUUCAGGAGCACACAAACGGUCCGAGGCCUUCGAGCCUUUACAUCCUCAGCUAUUCGCCAUAGCUAUGAGCAGCAAUUAGCGAAAUCUGCUGAAAACAUCAAUGUCGUUUUGGAGAAGUCGGACAGACUGUCGUACAUCCUAGCACAAUACAUCCCUGAGCCAGCAAGAAAUGGCUUUCUAGCGAUCAAGGCCUUUGGAUUGGAAAUCAACAAGAUCACUGAUGGUGGCGCUGCCACGGGAUCAAGAGCCCUGAGGGCACUGAAUCAGCUUUCAUCUUCCAUGGGUCUUUCUACAGCAGACAUGAAGUACAAGUUCUGGCUGGACAUGAUGUCCAAGGCGUUCACGGACCAAGGCGAAGUGCAUGAACCAACAGUGUUUCUUUUAAGAGAUGCCUUGAGACUGGGGCUCAAUUUGGACAUCUCGUAUUUCCACCAGUACCUACAGACAAGGAGGCAUUUCCUUCAGUCAAAGCAGUUCAAGACCGUCGAGGAUAUCUGCUCGUAUGGUGAAGGCACUUAUUCUCAAUUGAACUAUGCCACACAGGCAUUGCUUCUUCUGCCGCUGAUUUCCCCAUCAGUCAUUCACCUCUUGGAGCUUUCUCCACAAUUGCAGAACAAGGUCAGUGAUAUUGCAGCUCACAUCGGUCAGGCUUCUGCUGUGAGCUCGAUGAUCUUGGGUUUUGAAUACUACGCCAGCACCCGCAACAUCGUUACCUUACCUGUGGACCUCAUGACGAAGUUUGAGCUUUCACAAGAAACCGCCCUUCGUUUAGCCCAAGGCCAUCUCAAGGGGAAAAGCCAGGAGGAAGAGGCGAAGGAGAAACUUCAAAACGUCAUUUUUGAAACGGCUGUGACAGCCAAUGAUCAUCUCCUCUCAGCUCGUGUGAAGCUCAAGGAAGUGAAGAACGAUAUUGCACACUUGGUGAAGAGCAAGCCUCACGACUCUUUGCUACAGAAGAAUUUCAAGAAGUGGAGGAGGGGUAUUCCAGACGUUGUAUUCAUUCCCUUCAUGAACGCCAUACCGACAUCCUUGUACUUGGAGAAGUUGGAGAAGAACGACUUCAACCUUUUCCGCCCGGCGAUGAAGCAAAAAGAGUGGCAUCCCAUUACCUUGGUGAUCAAUGAAUGUAUGGUGAUUCUGUGCGCCAUGAGAAAGAUGAGCCGCUGGCCUCAAACGGGCGUGGCUGCCAUUUUGGGAGGUAGCGAUUUGUUCGGAGAGGAAGACGGGCUUUCUAACUUGGGUCUCUCGGGAUCUCAUUUCGGACUGGCUGUCUCUACUCCUAGACCCUCGAACGGAGGAACGGCUAACCCCAACACCAGCUCUAACCCUUUACACUCGAGUUUCUUGCAGUUGCGUGCCAUACUUACGGAGACCUCCGAUAUCAACACAGUGGACUCGUUGACGAUCCUCCAACCAUUCUUGUUGGCCGUGGAGUCGAGCUCCACAUCAGGAAAUGUCACGGGCCUAGCUCUCAAUGCCAUCACGAAAUUCUUAGACUACGGUGUCAUUGGGUGGCACUCGAAAAAUAUUCAAAACUCGCUUAUACAGAUCACCAGCUCCUUGACACACUGCCGCUUCGAGGCUGCCGACCAAAGUUCUGAUGAUUCCGUGCUUCUCAAGGUUUUGCGAUUGUUGGAGUCCAUUGUUGAUUCUUCCUUCUCAAAACUUCUACCAAAUGCAGUGGUGUCCGAAGUGAUACAAACGUGUUUAUCUCUUGCAUGCAACAAGCGUCGUUCAGAGGUGCUUCGAAGAGCCGCCGAGAUGGCUAUGAUCUCCAUGACGAUCCGAGUCUUUCUGCGCCUUCGUGAGCUUACCCCCGAAACCACUCAUGUCGAUGAAAUCCCUACAAAUUAUGCCGAGAACCAAUUGCCCGCUGAUGUUAUCGGCGGAACAAGCUCGCCAACAGAAGAUACAAGUGCCGUGGCACAGGAUGGCGCCGAGGCCGACCUAAAGCCACCCACAGUGGACCUUGCCCCAACAUCGCCUAAAAGAAAGCCAUCCAUGACCGAUGAAAAGGAACCACAAUUUGACAUUGUUUGCAUCAACGAAUUCUUCGCCAUUUUGAUCUCCAUGAUCUCCCCAACCAACCAGUAUCAGCAUAUGGAGAGUACACGUGUUUUUGCCUUGCUGCUCAUAAACAUAGCAAUUGAGGUGACAGGUUCUGAAAUACCUAAGCAUCCUUCCUUGAUGGGACUUGUGGCAGACCCUGUCUCCAAGGAUGUCUUACAAAUCAUUACCGAGAACACCAUAAAGGGCAACAAGAUGGCAAUUUCGACCAGGAUUGCCUCAUCGAAAGAAGCUAUUGUGGAGAGUCUCUCUUUACUUUGGAUCAGGUCUCCCCAGUUUUUCUCACUGUUGUUUGUCGAUUACGACUGCGACUUUGAAAGAUUCAACAUGGCAUCCGACUUCGUCAACUUUCUUUGCAAAUUGGCCUUGCCCGAGGCCGCCGUCAUCUCAACAGAUAACGGUAUCCUUUCUUUGGUGUCUGGCAUAAAUGACCGCAUCAAGAAUUCUGAGGGCAAGCACAUUCGCCUGGAUGACCAACCAUCUCAUCAACUACUCUUGGACAAGGACAAGAAGACAGCAUUUGUGAGGUGUACUGAAAUCUUCAACGAUAGUCCCAAGAAGGGAGUCGCUGCGUUUGCGGAGAAGAAGUUUUUGAAUGACCCUAAUGACACUUCUGAAUUAGCAUCUCUUCUAUUCAACAAGUCAGCUCGUCUCAACAAGAAGAUCCUCGGUGAAUACCUCGCUAAACCAUCUAACACUGAUCUUUUACGAGAAUUCAUGAAUCUUUUUGAGUUUGCCGGUUUGAGAGUGGAUGAGGCAUUAAGACUUCUACUUAAGUCCUUUAGACUUCCUGGUGAGUCUCAGCAAAUUGAGAGAAUAGUCGAGCUUUUUGCGCAAGCUUACGUUGAAUGUCAAAAGUCAUAUACCCCAGAUGAAUUGACAGAAGAGGAAAAGAACGAGCCGGUUAACCCUGACCAGGAUGCUGUGUUCGUGUUAUCCUACUCGAUUAUCAUGCUCAACACAGACUUGCAUAAUCCCCAGGUUAAGAGGCAGAUGGAUCUCGAUUCUUACAAGAGAAACUUGAAGGGUGUCAACAACGGAAAAGACUUUCCGGAGUGGUACCUCUCGAAAAUUUAUUCAUCUAUUAGAGACCGUGAGAUUAUCAUGCCCGAAGAACACCAUGGCACCGAUAAGUGGUUUGACGAUGUUUGGCAUAAUCUUAUUUCUUCUCAAACGAAAGUGGCUCACGAUAAAGACAUAUCGUUGAACUCUAUUGACGUUGGCACUUUGUGUCAAUUCGACAAACUAUUUUUUGAAGGCUCAGUUGAUGUUAUUAUAGAAACACUCAUUAAGGUUUUCAAGGAGGCUUCAGACGAUAACAUUAUCACCAAAUUGAUGUCAUCCAUUGACAAGUGUGCUAAUAUCUGCAUAAACUAUGGUCUUGCUAAACCUGUGAAUCAUCUCAUUGAGGAAUUAACCACUAUAACGCAUCUCACUAGGAAGACAUUCCCCGCACCACACCCAGAGGAGAAUAUUCGUCGGGAGAUUCCAAUCACUCAGAUUACCAUCGAAAAGAAAGAGGAGCCUAUUAGUAUUAGUGACAUGGCUGUUUACUUUGGUCGUGAUUUUAAGGCUCAAUUGGCUGCAGUUGUUCUUUUUAGAUUGAUCAAAAAAUCUGAUUGCAGAGUGAGCCAAUCCUGGGACGGAGUCGUUAAAAUCAUACUCACAUUGUUGGAAAACUGUUUGAUAAAUCCUAAUUUGUUUUGCGAAUUUCAGAAGAAGGUCAAUUUGGCUCCUCUUGCCAAAGUCAAACCACGGUUUAUUAUUCAAGGAACAAAGCCAUUGAACAACUCAGGAAUUUUGUCAACAUUUUCAUCGUUUUUGAAGGGGUACUCCGACGAGCCUCCGGAGCCUUCAGACCAAGAGAUUGAGUCCACUCUUUCCACCAUUGAUUGUGUCAGAUCAAUCAAUGUUCCUGGUAUCUUUGACACUGUCUCAAAGGGUACUCAGGAUGAGCUUAAGCAAUUCGUGGAUUUGCUAUUGGACAACUUGCCAGAGUUUUCUGAUGACAAAAAGCGUUUUUAUGAAUCUGAGAUCUUAUUCCUAUUCGAAGUUGGUGUUUGUUUCUCCUUGAUUGUGAGCGAGACAGAAGUCACAGAUAAGCUCAUCGGUAAAUUACACGAGCACAUGAAGAAUCAUGUCUCAAAGAGAGGCUAUAUGAGACUUUCGACAUACUUGUUUUUACUUGCAAGACAGAGCGACCACAGUUACGAGAAGGAAGCAGCUGAGACACUCGAACGCAUUAACAGCUUUGACAGAGAUAUCAUAACAAAGCACGGUGCUUCCUUGGUAAAGUCUCUUUUUUCAUUCGUUGAUCAUGACUCCAAGUCGAGACCUUUAAUUCAAACGGAAGGUUUCUGGGAUUUUCUCAAGCUCGCUGGUUCUUCAUCAGACCUUGCUGAUGAGGUUUUAGACUUUGUCGAAUCCAUUGUUCAAGAUUCUUCCGAUGAAGUCUCUGACCAGAACCAUAUCUUAUUGUUGGGAUUGCUUGAUGAGGUAUCGUCUCUUGGUGCUGUGGGUGCCCAAUGGGAACAGACAAGGGACAGUGGCCAGACCGUCAACAACAAAGCAGAUGAGGAUUCUGAAGAGAGGAAGAAUGUCCAAAAACUCAUCCAGAUUUCAUCGAGGUCGAUUGACCAAACCGGACUCCUAGGAAGCUCCACCAGAAAACUUUCGUAUCCGUUGAUUCAAGCAUUGGCUCAUCAAUGUUUCAAUCCCUGCCGCGAGGUGCGUUCACACGCUAUCACAGUGUUACAGAAUACGUUGCUUUCAGGAGCAUUGAACGAAAACUUCACUGCAUUAGGAAUUUACGAGUAUGGGCUUUUCCCUCUUUUAGCUGAACUUGAAAAAGAGGAUGUGAUUACUACCGACAAGAAGGGAUUCCCAGAAACUCAUUCGCAAAUUUUGAAUUUGGUGAGUAAGGUAUUCCUCAAGCAUCACAGCGAACUCACUGAGGAGGAGAGAAAGACGGUAUGGCUAGGAAUUGUGACACAUUUUGUUAGAGUCAACAAGAUGAACUCUGAUCAAGAAAAGAGCUACGUGAAGGAGUCAAGCUUGGAGGUAAUGAAGAACAUGAUCUUGGUCUUGCACAACGAAUUCCUUGUUCCGGAUAACAAGGAUUUAUGGGAGUCAACGUGGAAGAAUCUUGAGCAAGUUUAUCCUGGUCUCGAGAAAGAACUCCCUAACAAAUAA